UUAGAUGAAAAUAAAAAAAAACUUCUGAUGGGACAAAGCCCAAAAAACACACAUGGGCCAAGCCCAAAAUACCUACAAAAAAAUCUGUACACAAUAUGAGCCAACCCCAAUCCAAGAGCCCCAAAACCCAUCAAAUCACCGCCACUGCCCAGUCCAAGAGCCGCAAAACCUAACCCUAAAACCCAUCAAACCGCCGCCACCGCUCAAUCCAAGAGACACAAAACCUAACCCUAGAACCCAUCAAACCGUCGCUGCCGCCACCACACACGCCGCAGGCAAACCAACCAACACUGCCAGGACCCAAACCGCAAAGCUGAAUGGACAACUGGCAGGCCGCCGCGAUCCCUCGAGGGGUCGGACCCCACUUGUGACCGCCGAGAAACCACCAUUCCGCUCCUCACAAACGAUCCGAGAAACCAACAACCGAGAUUCCAUAAUGCCGCGGCAAACCAUCUUUACAAAGUGAUUGAGAACAUAGGAGUAUAUAUUAUUAUGCAUAUAAUAUAAGAGUUUCCGAGGAGAAUCUUGCCAAUUCAAUACAGAUUCCACACCCUUAUUCAAGAAGUAUCGGAUGCUGAUAUUUUAUGCAUUUGGGAUGAUUCAUGAAACAUAGUUUUAUACAUGAGACACAAAGUAGUUGACUCCAUAGAUACAAACUAGCCCAAUUGGUUUCGUUUAGGCCAGAUUUGCCUUCUUUAGCUCUCUCUCUCUCUCUCUCUCUCGCUCAUCCACUGGACAAAAAAUGAACAAUACUACCCUAGAUCCAAGUGAGAUCCCACAAAAUCCACAGCAAGGCCAAAACAUCAGCUUCAACUACGGCUUAGGACUCUCACUCGGAGUCCUCUCCUUCAUCGUCAUCAUCACCUACUCCUCCUACGUGUGCACACGCACCACCACGCCCCAACGCGACUACGCCACCGACUCCGACUCCGACUCAGACACCCCCUCCGGCGCCGCCGAACAACAGCUCGGCCUCGACGAAGCCACCCUCCUCAACUUCCCGCAACUCCUCUACUCCCAGGCCAAGCUCCACCAGCACCACGGCUCCUCCGCUGCCUCGGGAUGCUCCAUCUGCUUGGCCGAGUACAAGGACGCGGACGUCCUCCGGCUGCUGCCGGAGUGCGGCCACCUUUUCCACCUCAAGUGCGUUGACCCGUGGUUGAGGCUCAAUCCCACGUGCCCGAUUUGUCGGAACUCGCCGGUGCCGACUCCCCUGGCUACUCCGGCGGCCGAGGUGGCGCCCCUUAGAGUUCUAGCAGUUUGAUUAUUAUGAAAUAACAAGUGAGAUUGAGAUAAGUACAUGGUUAGUCACCCCUC